GAGCGAGAGAGCGAGAGAGCGAGAGAGCGAGAGAGCGAGAGAGCGAGGUGAAAGUGAAGCUCUAUCAGUCUUUGCGGACUGGAGGCUCAAAAACAGCGGAAGAGAGUAAGGAGAGAGAGUGAGAGAGAGUCAUCAAUCCGCCAUGGCAAAUAUCGCUGUGCAGAGGAUCAAACGAGAAUUCAAAGAAGUGCUGAAAAGCGAAGAGACAAGUAAAAAUCAAAUAAAAGUAGACCUGGUGGAUGAAAACUUCACAGAGUUAAAGGGAGAAAUAGCAGGACCACCAGACACACCGUAUGAAGGAGGCAGAUAUCAGCUAGAGAUCAAGAUCCCGGAGACAUAUCCCUUUAAUCCACCCAAGGUGCGGUUUAUUACGAAGAUCUGGCAUCCGAAUAUAAGUUCGGUUACCGGGGCAAUAUGUUUGGACAUUUUAAAAGACCAGUGGGCUGCUGCUAUGACACUGCGAACAGUUCUCCUUUCACUACAGGCUCUGUUAGCUGCCGCUGAGCCAGAUGAUCCACAGGAUGCUGUGGUAGCCAAUCAGUAUAAGCAGAAUCCAGAAAUGUUUAAACAAACCGCUCGGCUUUGGUCCCACGUUUACGCUGGUGCUCCCGCAUCCUGUCCCGAGUACACACGCAAAAUAGACAAACUUUGUGCAAUGGGCUUUGACAAAAAUGCAGUAAUAGUAGCUUUGUCGUCAAAAUCGUGGGAUGUGGAGACGGCGACAGAGCUGCUACUAAGCAACUGAUCGCCCUGUUCUCUUCACCAGGCCAUAUUUCCCCCAUCAUGCCCCACUCAUCCAUACAUGCAUCACAUGUCUAGGUUUGUGUUCAGAGUGAAUCUUUGAGGAAGAGCUCUGAGAGGUUGCAGUGGCAGCAGUUAGGCUUCGAGACAAUUUGAACAUGGCCUGUCUGUCUGUCUUCGCAAAUGUUCAUGUUUUGCGUUUUCUCCCAACAUUUUGAUUUUUUGCCUUGUAACAAUCAUUCCCCCUCAGAUUUAGGACGUGUAAAGAAACCCAAGAACAGACAAAGCCUGUGUCAUUGUCAUCUCACACCAAAAGAAAUGAAAGAACACCCACUUGCAUCUUUGAAACAAUGUUAGUACAUGUCAAUUAGAAUAUUUAAGGUUGUGCAAAUCUGAAAGAUGAAACAGCAGGAAUGUUGUUUUUUUGUAAAUCAUAAAAUGGAUUUUUUUGAUUGGGAUAUUAGCGUUUAAAAGAAAAUCAAAAUUACCGCUUCUCUUUAAUGUUCUCUUACUAUGAACAAAUGUGUGAUUUUAUUUGCUCAUUUGAUUCUUUUAAUGUUUUUUUUUUUGCACUUAUCAGCCCUGUACAGCAGUCGAUGUGGCCAGAUGACAUGGUGUUAUGUUGCGAGUGCAGACAAGGUUUCAGAAUCAUUCGUUGAAGUGUUACCUAUUAAAAGGAAGAUUUGCCCUCUCACUUUUCCCUCUUUGUUUUGGAAGGGGUGAACAUGGGAUUGGUUGUCACAGAGACUUUUGUUUUGAAAGGCAGCUGUAGGACUUCUGGCUUCUUGAUCAUUGACAGACAUACCUUAAGUUGCCUCUUGAGUUUUUUGUUUCGUUUUUCUUUUGUGAAGAAUGUAUUGUAUGAAACGUUACAGUUAAGUGUAAUACUCAUGACAAAUUUUGUACAUGUAGAGAUGAGAAAGUAAAGUCUUGAGGGUUGUUCUUAAUGAGAUUGGCCCUUUUCUUUGUGGCACAAUCAAGACAGUGAGACACAUUCUGUCACUACGACACAAGUAAAAGGAGUAAACAUUUCGGAAGUUUGAAGAUUUUGAGUGUGAGGUGUUUUUCUAAGCAGUUAGCUGUCAACGAUUCCGUUCCCAAGCUGCAGUGUAACCAUUAUUGAAAGCUUGGGCCAAGGGCGAUUGUCAAAUCACGCUUUAUGAAUCUGGUUUCACCUUGUUUUGUUACAGGAGUCAAGUGUUAAAUGUUGUUCUCCUAUUACUGCUUGCCCUCCCUCGAUUUGAUGGCAUUCCCACAAUCCUAUGAAAACGCUCCCACUUUCACAGCUAGUUGCUUUUGUAUACCUCCUUUCUCAUGUACAUACAGCCAAGUUUUCUUUUGGGAUAAAGUACUGUUCAUCUCUAGAAUGCACCAUCGAUGGCUGGAUUUAUAUUUUGUAUGAAAAACGAAAAUGACACAAAAAACAAAAGACUGUCUUCCUGUAGUGAUCAUCUUGUUCAAUAUUGCACGAAGAAGUGGGACAUUAAAGGACACAAAUUUCUGUCCAAAGGAGAAAUGCAGGUCAUGGGCUCUGGGUUUAGUCACUUUAAGCUCCUUUACAAAGCGAAACAGAAAAAACCUACUCGAGCCGUACAAGCAUGGUUAUUUAUUGUGAAACUGUCAUAUUCUUUUGAAUUAAAAAAAGGUGAAAUUAUA